GGCCAUGGCGGAUGUCCCCGGGGCGCAGCGACCGGCUCCCGGCGCGAGCGGCGGCGGCCCGGAGCCCCGGGACCCCCUGGACUGCUGGGCCUGCGCUGUGCUGGUCACGGCCCAGAAUCUGCUGGUGGCUGCCUUCAACCUCCUCCUGCUGGCGCUGGUGCUGGGGACCAUCCUGCUACCCGCUGUCACCAUGCUAGGCUUCGGCUUCCUCUGCCACUCCCAGUUCCUGCGCUCCCAGGCCCCCCCUUGCACCGCGCACCUGCGGGACCCGGGCUUCACGGCCCUGCUGGUCACCGGAUUCCUGCUCCUCGUGCCGCUGCUCGUGCUGGCCCUGGCCAGCUACCGCCGCCUUUGCCUGCGCCUCCGCCUGGCCGACUGCCUCGUGCCCUACAGCCGAGCCCUCUACCGGCGCCGGCGCACCCCGCAGCCACGGCACACGCGAGCCUCACCGGGGUCCCAGGCCGCUCCCACGUCAGGAAAGGUCUGGGUCUGAGGACCCUCGAGUCAAAAACCACCCUGACGACUGCCCCCACUCCCAGUCGGCCCGAGGACUUGAAGCCCGGGGGUCUCCCGACCUACCCCGCCCCCGCCCCUGCCGAAGCCAGGGUCCAGCAUCCCCUCGGGGGAACCGGAGCAUCCGUGGACCAAAGCUGGCGGAAACCCACCACACCCCGGAAAACCCACUUUCCUCCUCCUACCUAGAUCUGAAUCCUGGACAUCUGGGCUGGACCCUGCACAC